AUGAGUGAUCUCACAGAAGAAAACAGGAAGAAAAGCACUUCUGCCCAGGAAACAUCUGCAGAAGGAAAUGUCUCUUCUGAGAAGGAUGCUUCAGUAACACAAAAACAACUGGUAUGACUUCAUCAGUACUAUAUCUUCUGAACUGAAGAUCUCCCCCAUAAUCAAAAGCAAAAGAAAUGUCUGAAUAAUCAGCAACUUGAGAAACAAUUAAAAUCCUUAGCCUUUCAAAAUCCAGGACCUCAGGUAGCUGACUUCAAUCCUGAAACUAGAGAGCAGAAAAAGAAAGCAUACAUGUCGCAGAUGAAACAAGAUUUUUUUAAGAAGCCCAAACCUGUAAAGAAGUAUGAUAGACACGGCAGGCUGCUUUGUAAUAACGUUGAUUUGUGUGAUUGCCUGGAAGAGACCUGCAUGGGUUGCUUCUAUCCUUGCCCCAAAUGCAAUUCAAAAAAAUGUGGAGUGGAAUGUCGCAGCAAUAGAAAAUGGGUUUAUGAAAAAAUUGAGACUGAAGAUGGGAAUGUGAUCAGUGUAUUUCCAUUUCUUGACUCCGAUUGA